AGCCGGGGUGACCAAUGAGCGGCAUGCGCAAGCUGUCGAGCUUCUCGGCGACAGAGAUCGCCAGCAACGAGUUCCGCGACGCGCUGAACGCCACCGUGGACAUGCUCUGCAGAGCUAUCCAACAGCAGAGCGUGCAAAUCAAGGAGUUGAAGAGCAGGAUAGAGGAGCUGGAGAAGAAGGAGACUAAGAAUGCAGGAGCCCGGCAACAGGAAUGGCAGUCUUUCCAAUGGCUGUUCGAUACUGUCUCAUCUGACGACGAGGACACGGAUAGCGCCAUGAAGGGGAAGAAGAGAAAGCGCAAGAGUGGGGGCAAGGGAGCGUCCUUCAGCGAUGAUGGGGAGGAGGACGCGGCUGAGGGGGAGGAUACCGAUGAUGCUGACGACGGCAACCCCCAGUCAGCAGGGAAGAUGAAGAAGCUCAAGAAGGACCCAGCGCCCAAGAUCACUUCACCAACAGGUGCUGCCAAGGUACCAGGACAGUGAGAGCCAUGUCCCAAUCCGAGGACAACAUCCUGGUCUCUUUCCCAAAGAUGAGGAGAGGAGACUUUUCAUGCGCAGUUGGCAUGCGGAAGGGAAUCGUAAUGCUUUCGCCAUUCUGAAAUGACUGCGAGGAAUGGGUGCGGGGAUGGGAGGGGGCAAGAAUGAUGGUAUGAGGAGACUUUGAAGAUGAUCAGGCUCUGGGAUGCACCUCAA